GGUCUGUACCUUUAGUUUUUUUUUUGCCUGGCUACACGUUACAAGUCCUGCCCAUUGCUCCCGCUGUCUGAGGCUGCGCGCUCAGUGGGAUGCAGAAGGAGUGGCGGAGUGCGCGCGCGUGUGACUGAAGCAAGCUUCGCUUUUUGCAUAGGUACCCUAACCUUUUCAACCAAACAUCUGUUUCCCCACUGUAUAUCCAGUGGUCAAGCUAAAAAGAUAAAUGGACGUGAACCUGUGACUUUUAAGUCGCACCUCCCCGAGGCAGUUAACGGGACGAAAGGCGAGACAGCGCAUUCCGAAGGGCCGGUGGGUGUUGGUCGUCCGUAGAAAAGAUGGGCACGGUGCUCUCUAUUUCCCCAACGUCCAGGAAAGGUGGGAUUUUGGAUGAGAAGACGGAUGGGGCGAGCGGCAAGACCGAGAAGAGUCUGAAGCGCCAUUCGGUGCUUAUAUCGGCUCUGACGUGGAAGCGGCUGGUCGCUGCCUCGGCCAAAAAAAAGAGUGCCAAGAAAGUAAACCCGAACCCGCCCGUAUCUCAGAUCAGUAACCCAGUGGACCAGCUAAACACCGAAAAUCUUAAGAAGUCUCAGUCAGGCUCCGAGCGCAAAACGAAGUCCGGACCGCUCGCCGUACCUGUCCCCACCGUACCGGAUAAAAGCCUUCGAUCCAACCCAACCCAGAACGCAUCGCAGAACGGAAAACAGCUCCUCCCGGUGCAAAGACAACCUAGCAGUCGCUCGAUUAUCUCCCCUAGACGGGUCAUCGUCCAAGCCUCGACCGGAGAGCUCCUUCGCUGCCUGAGUGAGUUCAUGUGCAGGAGGUGCUACAAACUCAAAGAACUGAGCCCGAAUGAGAUCAUUCUGUGGUUCCGAAACGUUGACCGAUCGCUGCUCAUCCAAGGUUGGCAAGACCAGGGUUUCAUCACUCCUGCCAACCUGGUGUUCGUGUACCUGCUCUGCAGGGAAGCGGUGACCGAGGAUAUUUCCAGCGAGUACGAGCUGCAGGCCACCUUUCUCACCUGCCUGUACUUGGCUUAUUCAUAUAUGGGCAACGAGAUCUCGUACCCGCUCAAGCCCUUCCUGGUGGAGACCAACAAGGAGGUGUUCUGGGAGCGCUCCCUGCGGAUCAUUGAUAAAAUGAGUGCCAAAAUGCUGCAGAUCAACUCCGACCCGCAUUUCUUCACCGAGGUUUUCCAAGACCUCAAAAACGAGGGCGGCUCGGGUGACACGAACGGAAGAUGGAAUAAUAACCUGGACCGCUAAACAUUUGGCUCGUUUUCACAAGGAGAGAGAUGCUCUCUAAUAUCUCUCCAUAUGCCCUUGCUCAGAGGGUGAAAUGAAUGUAAGGCCCGACGGGUGAAGAGUGUUGCACUCGGUUUAAGGAAACGGACAGUGGGUUUUCGCCUCACCUCCGUGAGAGGGGGUUUAAGAUAUUACAUGUGUAUAGUUCAACCUUCACGACGCAGUGAAUGUCACGAGCGCGGUCUAGGGUUUCUUCAUAGUUUACUUAAUGCAUGCUUAAACUAUUCUACUCGUAUCAUCAUCAUUGUGGUUUUUGAAGAAGAAGAAAAAAUAACGCUAUCUGGUGCCAGGCUACAGUGAGAUAUGUAUAUUAUUAGCUUGUGCGUCAGUGUCCGGGUUUUAUUUUUCUAUCAGUUUCAGAACCGAUGUUGUCACCGACGCUGCGCUGUCCAGGGUUCUGGCCUGCAACAGACACUUUCCUCUUGUCCCCUGUGGCGCCUGAUGCUAUCUAUCUGAACGUUGAAUGUACUGUUUUACAACAAAACGAAUCUCUACCGUCAUAUGUGCCAAUUGUCAUAGUAUAAAACGUAAUGUUUUAUAUUGUAUAUUUGAAAAUAUAUGAAUACAAAUA